AUGCAUCCUAGGACUGCAGAACUUAGUCUCCUGGAGGCAGUAAACAGAGACUUUCACCAGAAAUUUGAUUUAGUUAUUAAGGCUGAACAGGACAACGGUCAUCCUCUUCCUGCCUUUGCCAGUCUACAUAUUGAAAUAUUGGAUGAAAACAAUCAGAGCCCGUAUUUUACAAUGCCUAGCUAUCAAGGGUAUAUCCUAGAAUCUGCCCCAGUGGGAGCAACCAUUUCUGACAGUCUCGAUUUGACCACUCCUCUAAAAAUUGUAGCUCUGGACAAAGAUGUAGAAGAUACAAAAGAUCCAGAGCUUCACCUUUUUCUGAAUGAUUACAUCUCGGUGUUCACCGUCACGCAGACCGGUAUCACUCGCUACCUCACCUUACUUCAACCAGUGGACAGGGAAGAACAGCAAACCUAUACAUUUUCGAUAACAGCAUUUGAUGGUAUACAAGAAAGCAAACCAGUUAUUGUCAAUAUCCGAGUGAUGGAUGCAAACGAUAACACUCCAACCUUUCCGGAAAUAUCCUAUGAUGUCUAUGUUUAUACAGACAUGAGCCCUGGGGACAGUGUCAUACAGGAAAGAAUUUCUUAG